AUGGCACAAGCUGGUAUUGUCGUCGUAGAACCAAGUAAUAGAAGGAAGACACCGAAGCCUUUAUCGGACAUGGAAGCACUGGUUCAAGCAGUCGAAUUUAUACUGGAACAUAACCAGCUACCGAACCUGCCAACAUACGUGACUUCUUCAUUUAACUUUCCUUUGGACAUUCCGCCCCCAGAAGGCGGCCACACGUGCUCAUUACAGACACAAACAGUUAUUUCACUGACAGAGAAAGUCAAUGAUUUGCAGAGAGAAUUAAUUAAUUUGUCGAAUAAAUUUUCAAAUUUUGUUAACAAUUUUGCUACUGAUUUAAAUAAAAAUGAUGUUAUUAAUUUAACGAAUGUCUCAAAGCCCUCAAAUAAAGAUUCUUUAAUGUUUCAUGAUUCUAAUAACUUGGAAAAUGGAAAUAUUAAGGAUUAUGGGAUUUACAUAAUUAAUUCUAAGAAAAUUUCAAAUGACAAGAAAGAAUAUAACACUUUUAAAGUUAUAGUUGACAAAAGUCAUUCAAGCAUUGUCAAUGAUUCUUCAUUUUGGCCAAGAGGUAUAGUUCAUCGCCCAUGGUUCUACCCUCCUAGGGAAAAUUUUUCAUUAAAUAAGCAAGUCACAAAUAAACAAUUUCCCUUACCUGAGUUUUCUGAUGAAGUAAAUAAAAAGGAAAAUAAUAAAGAUGACAUUAUAACCGAGUCAUCUAAUGUUAUACAGGGACGAAAUUGGGCAGAUGAAUCUUCUCCUUUGGAACCAUUGGGGAUGGCCACAUGA